CGCUGGUUGUUUAUACGACUACUUAGGGUGCUCACCCCAAAUUCUAAGCAUAAUCUCCUGUGACUUGCGGAGGCCAACCUCUCAGACCCACCAACCCGCCGAAUAUGCACUUGCCACCACUAGUGGUGGCAUUAGUGACGCUUCAAUGGCACAUCGCAAUUACGGCUGGUGGUAGCUGUGUCCUUACAGAUUACUUCAUGACAGGUAUACCUGAGUGGUGCUUGUGUAAUAUACCAAAAGUCACGUUGGUCCCGAGAGGUGAUGCAUGGGUAACGAUGAAAGUUGCUCUGCUGAAGGACCUACUACAGGAGUCUGUGGAUAGAGCAGCUUCCAGGGGCAGGAAGAUUGACAACGAUACACAGAUUCACAUACAGGGUAACAAUCGUUGGCUCGUUGCCAUGUGUAAUGUACAGACACUUGCUAGAACAGCUGCCAGAGAGGUUCGUUACCUCGACGGGAUGCUUGGGUGAGUCGUCGGAGUUAUGAUAAGGCGCCUUGGAGUCUUCAAAAGUGUUCAUGUACUCCACCACCUC